GUCGCGAUCGACCCGCUUAGUCGUUUUCUAAUUCAACCGACCUGUGCCAACUGACCAUACGACCACUGUCGCUACUGGUCCAUUCUUUUCGCAGAUUGUCUUGCGGUCGGAGCCGGCUUUAUCUUUGGGCCUUCUGGAAGCACAGCUGUCAAACUCCAGUUCCCGCAACUUAGGGGAUCGUCGCGACUACGCGCAGUCUAUUUCUGGCUCAAGGACAGCUAGACCUAUCUCUAUCGAAGGAGUAAUUGCAAUCCGACACAAUGGCGCAAAAUGGCAACAUAUACUCGAGGGAGCCGUUCAUGAACCCAGGCCCAGCGCCGCGACCUCCCACGGACCAGCCCCGCCUCGGCCUCACCCCCAACAUCAAUACACCCGGGAACAUGUCCAAUCUUCCUGGGAACAUGUCCAACCUGAGCCUUCGGUCGCCUGCCCCAGGGGUAACUAGCACAUACAGCGGUUCGACCAUCGCCCUCCCCAUCCAACGACAGAUGUCAAACAACGACGGCACCGGCGGCCUUGCCGUCAUCAAGCAGGGCUGGGCCAGUGUCAAGGAGAGCAAGAACUUCAUCAACCCUUGGAAGAACAAGUACCUGAUACUGCGAAAGGAGUCACUGGAUUUCCACAAGGCCGAGAGCAGUAAAGUUGCCUAUACCCUCUACCUCAAGGACGUUAUCAACGUCGGCCGUGUGGAGGCCGCAGGAACCAUUUUCGAAAUCAAGAGGCAGUCUAGCGGUGCCUCCACGAGUCCCGGCGAGGAGGAAAAUGGCAUUAGGACCCUUCAAAUCCGCGUGAAGGCCGACGACGACCUUUACGAAUGGAUUGACUUUAUUUACGCGCGCUGCCCCGGCAUGGGCGGUGUCAGCAACCCUACCAACUUUUCGCAUGCCGUUCACGUUGGAUUCGACCCCCAGACCGGCGAGUUCGUCGGCCUGCCUCCUGAGUGGUCUAAGCUGCUCAACUCUUCCGCCAUUACCCAAGAAGACUACGAAAGGAACCCGCAGGCCGUCUUCGAAGUCCUCGAUUUCUAUUCCGACUUCAACAAGAAUGGCGGCCAAGCGCCCACCCCCAACUUUCCCGCUCCGCCAUCGAACAGCGUGCAGAGCAAGCAGCUCGGAUACCCGAGCGGUGGAAACUCUGUCGCGCCGCCGCGCCCUACGCAGCCGUUGCAACAGCGUAACCCAAGCUCCAACUACCCAUCCUCGCCACCGCAGCAAGGUGGCGCCAGUUCUCGCCCAUCGCCCCCCGAGCAGCGCCAGCAGAUGUCGCCGAACUACAACUCUGAGCGCGCGAGAGAGGAGCAAAGGCGCGAACUGGAGCGCCAGCAGAGAGAGAUGGAGGAGCGGGAUCGCCGGGACCAGGAGGCUUACAAUGCGUCACUCCCCAAGUCCAAGACUCCCAUGGCUCAGCAGGAGAUCGGAGGUGGUGGCUAUAGUAGUGCGGAUCGCUUUAACCCUACACGGGCCGCUCCACCAGCGCCCAAGGGCUUGCAGCAAGCGCCGAGUCUCAAAGCUCAGAGACCUGCGCCUCCUCCACCAAGUUCCAGUUCGAGCCGCCCGCCCAUCGCACAGCAGUCCAGUUCCAGUUCACAGCGUGAUCUUGCCCAGGCGCAGGCGCAGAGACGGGCUGAGCAGCAGGCUCAGGCACAACGGUCCCAGAAUGGUCAGGCCCCCCCACGACCACCUCACCCAUCGGCCAACCAGCCAUCCAAGAUUCCUACGACCGUCAAGCCGCUUAACGUGGGUCCGAAGCAACCUCAGGAUGGUGUCAAGGCCGCCGAAGCUGCUCUUACGUCUAAGCCCGCUGCCUCCGAGCGUUCCAAGGAUGUUCGCAUGUCGACCAUGUCGGAGAAGGAGGUUAUGCAGAAGCUCAGGGAGGUUGUCUCUCAGGAAGACCCCGAAGCCAAGUAUUCCAAGCAAAAAAAGAUCGGGCAGGGUGCCUCUGGCUCCGUGUACGUCGCCAAGGUCAGGGAGAGACCCGGCCAGGAUCCCAACGUUGCCAGGAGACGCGGUCAGGUUGCUAUCAAGCAGAUGGAUCUUGCGCACCAGCCGCGCAAGGAGCUGAUCGUGAACGAAAUUAUGGUCAUGAAGGACAGCAGUCACCCCAACAUUGUCAACUUUGUCGAAGCUUUCCUGAAGAAUAAGGACUCGGAACUCUGGGUCGUCAUGGAGUACAUGGAGGGUGGUGCCUUGACUGAUGUCAUUGAGAAUAACCCCGUUAUCACGGAGGAGCAGAUUUCUACCAUCUGCUUGGAGACAUGCCGCGGUCUGCAACAUCUCCACGAAAGGAACAUUAUCCAUCGUGACAUUAAGAGUGACAACGUCCUCUUGGAUGCCCGUGGCAAUGUCAAGAUUACCGAUUUCGGUUUCUGCGCCAAGUUGACCGAAGCCAAGUCCAAGCGCGCCACCAUGGUCGGCACGCCCUACUGGAUGGCUCCCGAGGUCGUCAAGCAGAAGGAGUACGGCCCCAAGGUCGAUAUCUGGUCGCUCGGUAUCAUGGCCAUUGAGCUGAUCGAGUCGGAGCCUCCUUACCUGAACGAAGAGCCGCUCAAGGCCCUCUACCUCAUCGCCACCAACGGCACUCCUAGGCUGAAGAAACCCGAGAAGCUCAGUAAGGAGCUGAAAGCUUUCUUGUCGGUGUGUCUCUGCGUGGAUGUCAAGAGCCGUGCGUCGGCGGAUGAGCUUAUUGAGCACGAUUUCCUGAAGCAUGGAUGCCCCUUGAGCAGCUUGUCGGAGCUGCUUGCCUUCAAGAGGUCGGCGAAAUAAAGGGGUUGUUGAUGGAUGAGAUGAAAGAGGUAGUGAUGAUGGGUGAAGGUGGUGGGUCGGUGGGUGGUUAGGGGAUCUUUUUAGCUAGAAGCAAGCAACCUUUGCAUGAAAGAAACCUGAAAGCGACGUUUUAAUACUGAUGGAUACCUAGGCAGGGUGGUAGGGUGAAGAGGAUGGGUGGACGGAUGGGUUCAAUGUCGUUUGGGUCCGGAACUUUUGUCAACGAAAGAAAGAAAGAAAGCAAGCGGUGAUAAACAACAUGAUGCACGGGUUUUGGAUCUUCUCUCCGAUGAGGUUUCUUAAGUGUUGUUAUGUGCGUACGAUACCCUCAUGGCAAGCAAGCAUGUGUCGUCCUUGUGGAUGCGUGGCCGGGAGGGAAGUGGGCAAAGAGCUGAGGAGUUAGAAAUGAAAACUGAUAUAGAAUACGUGGUUUAAGGAUUUGUUUCUCAUCUUCACCUACACUACAUAAUCUCCUUUACACCCACUACCAUCAACC